AUGUGUCGUAUUCACGAAGAUAACCGUUUACCAACACCUACUGGAUUUACUACAGCAAACGAGAACAUUUUCCUCAAUGGUGAGAUAAACGAAAAUAAUGUUACUCCCCGCAUAAAUACCCCUUUGAGAGAGGUCUACCGUUUGUUACUACAAGCGCGUAUAUCUGGUGAGGGGGUAAGGGAAUGGACUUUCCGAGUUAGAUCGAUGUCUCUGCAAAUUAACAUUGAAUUCAGAGUAUUAGCCAUGUUGUUGCGUGAAUAUCAUUAUGAUCGUUCGAUUCCAGAAGAUACAAGCAUAAUACAGAUUACGUUUCAUGAAUUAUUGAAUUCCCAAAGUAGGAUCCGUCGCCAUACACAAUAUUAUAUAAUCAUGCAGCUAGUGUAUGGUCUUCGAAGAAUUGAGACUAUAGACUCCGAACGCAUAAGGGAGAACAUGAGCGUAGAUUGGACGUUGAAUGCGUUAACGAUAUUAACAUAUUUAGAUUUUGAUUUUGACACAGCUAGAUUUAUACUACAAAGAAUAAGAAAUUUAGCUUAAUAUAAUUUAAAUAAAAUAUAAAAAUAUGCAAUAAUAAACUUUUCUUAAUAACCAAACUAUAGUUUAUAUUAUUUCAGAACAACUCACUUAAUUUAUAAGUAAGAAGGUUACAUUUAAGAAUACAAUACUAUUAAAUUUAAGAAUAUUCCGUCUGAGAUAAAAUACGUAGAAUAUCGAUACCCUGAAAUAUGUCUAACAUCUUUGCCGAAUAUUUCACCUGAAUCGUUUGCACUUAUAUAUCAUCCAUCUAUACACAUAAAAAUAAUUUUAAUUAAAAUCACAAAGCGAUCGCCAGUCCUCACAAGCACAUCUAAUUUUUGAUUAUCAUCAGUCCUGAUAAGUGUACACAUAUAAUAUAAAAUCUUUUCACUUCACGUUCGAAAAACCUAAUCAGUUUUUCUUUUCACAUUAAUAUAAUUUUUAAAAAAACGAAGACCAACCGUAUUAUGGAUACCGAAUCAUGUAAGAAUAUUUUAUAUUAUAUUAUUUUAUGUUAUGUUACAUUGUUAUUUUAUUAUUUAGUUAAUGAAGUAUUAAACAUUAUUUUCGGCAAAUCGUUAGAGGAAAGAUUUGUAGCUACAUGUGGUGUGGAAUGCUCGAUUUCAUUUUUAUGCAAUGAAUGUCGAAUAA